AUGCGUUGGACAGCUCUCGCUUCGUCCCUUCUGCUUGCUCGCGCAAGCGCCGAGCAGUUUGCUAUUCCGGAAGUGAAAAGUGUGGUAGACUCGGCUCUCGACACCUAUUCCAAAUAUGUAGCCUAUGCCGGCCCGACUGGGGCAGCUGCAGCUGAAGCGGCAUCUGCCACUGGAGUAUCGCACGCCGUCGAGGCGGCUGAUUCAUCAUACUGGCUGGCCGAUAUCACUCACCAGGGACUCUCCCCUAACGCGGCUAGUGGUUAUGUUGUCUUCCGAAAUGUUAAGGACUAUGGUGCUGCCGGUGACGGCGUGACUGACGACACCGCGGCCAUUAAUGCGGCCAUCAGCGAUGGAGAUCGCAGUGGCCCAUCAUCUGGUGUGACUACAUCAACCACUCCGGCCAUCGUCUACUUCCCAGCAGGAACCUACCUCGUCUCCACCUCUAUUAUCGAUUACUACUUCACUCAGCUGAUCGGUAACCCCAACUCGCCGGCCGUCAUCAAAGCCAGUGCCGACUUCUCUGGUCUGGGGGUAAUUGAUGGUGAUCAAUAUCAGAGCAGUGGGAACCAAGGCUGGACUUCCACCAACGUCUUCCUUCGCCAAAUCCGGAACCUGGUUAUUGACUUGACUGCUAUUCCUGCAACCUCUGCUGCCACCGGUAUUCACUGGCCCACAGCCCAAGCCACGAGCAUUCAGAAUGUUGAGAUCCACAUGAGCUCCGGUUCCGGUGCGCAGGGACAAGGUAUCUUUAUUGAAAAUGGCUCUGCCGGAUUCCUUACCGAUGUGACUAUCACUGGUGGUCUGUAUGGCCUCAACGUUGGAAAUCAGCAGUACACCAUGCGCAAUGUCAAAAUUUCUGAUUCUAUCACCGCCAUAAGCCAGAUCUGGGACUGGGGCUGGACCUACAGUGGUCUCGAUAUCAGUAACUGUACCACGGCAAUCUCGAUUGCUCAGGGUGGCUCGUCUGCUUUGGUAGUUGGAUCGGUCCUGGUGAUCGACAGUACUAUCAGCAACUGUGAAACAUUCGUUGACACGGCCUGGACCACCAGCUCUUCACCUGCAGGAGCCGGUAGCUUGAUAAUUGAGAACGUCAAACUUGACAGCGUACCCACUGCCGUUCAAGGCAACACCACUGUUUACCUGGCCGGUGGCACAACCACAAUCUCAGGCUUUGGCCAAGGACAUCAAUACACCCCGACUGGACCAGACACAUUGCAGGGAACUUUCACACCCCCAGCCAGACCAAGCGGACUUGUAGCAAGCGGCUCAUCCAACUACUACACCAAGAGCAAGCCCCAAUAUGAAACUGUCUCGUCUUCCGACGUUGUUAGCAUACGAAGCUCUGGUGCCAAGGGUGAUGGGAAAACUGAUGACACGGCCGCUAUUCAAAGCGCGCUCAACUCGGCAGCCUCUGCGGGUAAGAUUUUGUUCUUUGACUUUGGUCUGUAUGUCGUCACAGACACCAUCUAUAUUCCACCUGGGUCCAAGGUUGUCGGAGAGGCGUACGCCACGAUUCUCGCGAGCGGUAGCAAAUUCACCAGCAUCGAUUCCCCUUACCCUGUAGUGCAAGUAGGCAAGAGUGGUGAUACUGGCACAAUCGAAUGGUCAGACAUGAUCGUUAGUACUCAGGGUGCCACAGCUGGUGCUAUCUUGAUCGAGUACAAUCUCGACGGUGAUCAAGGAUCCGGUCUUUGGGACGUUCACACUCGCAUUGGCGGUUUCACUGGUUCGGAUUUGCAGGUUGCUCAGUGCCCCACGUCAGCAGCAGUGUCUGCUAGCUGUGAGGCGGCCUACAUGUCUCUGCACAUCACAAGCUCUGCCAAGAACGUCUAUUUCGAGAAUAACUGGUUCUGGACCGCGGACCACGAUGUCGACGAUGCCAGCAACACUCAAAUUUCCAUCUACACGGGCCGUGGAGCCUUGAUCGAAGGAUCCGACAUUAUUCUGUAUUCUACCGGGGUCGAACACCACUCGCUCUACCAGUUCCAAUUCUCUGGCGCUUCCAACGUUGUGGCCGGAUUCAUCCAGACCGAGUCGCCGUACUAUCAACCUACCCCAGAUGCGACGGCGGGUCCGUACAAAGCCGACUCAUCCAUCAAUGACCCAGACUACAGCACCUGCCUGGCCGGUAACUGUGAUGCUCUUGGCCUGCGCGUCUUGAACAGUGACAAUAUUUGGAUCUACGGAGCCGGUCUUUACAGUUUCUUCAAUGAUUACAGCACUACCUGCUCCGACGCUGGUGACUCGGAGAACUGCCAAAGCGAGAUCUUCCGCGUUGACGGAACAACAUCCGGGCUGAGAGUAUACAGUCUGAGUACCGUUGGUGUGACUAACAUGAUCACGGUGAACGGGACUAGCGAAGCUCUGUAUUCGGAUAACGUGAGCGUGUAUCCGGAUAGCCUGGUCUUGUUCACCUAUAACUAG